GAAAGAAAAAACUUUAAUAUUUUAUUAUUAUACCACGGGGAAAGAAUUCCUUUUUGCUAUAAGACAGAGAAACAAAGAGAGGUUUAUGCUGACCAGAGAUCGCACCUGCUUCUUUUUCAUCUUCUUCUUCAACUGCCUGCCUGCCUGCCUGCCUGCUAUCGAUCACAAUCAAAUCAAAUCUAACGAUUCAACAAUUUCCGAUGGACAAAGAAGCCGGUUGCUGUUCCACCCACCUCAUAGAAGGAGAUGGCACAUUUAACGCUCAAGGGCUUGAUGAUUUUAUCAAACAAGUAAAAUUGGCUGAAUGUGGGCUUUCUUAUGCCGUUGUCGCUAUCAUGGGACCUCAAAGUAGUGGGAAAAGCACACUUUUGAAUAAUCUUUUUUACACAAACUUCAAGGAAAUGGAUGCUUAUAGGGGCAGGUCUCAAACAACCAAGGGUAUUUGGAUGGCAAGAUGUGUUGGUAUUGAACCCUGCACUAUUGUAAUGGAUCUUGAGGGUACUGAUGGAAGAGAGCGAGGAGAGGAUGAUACUGCAUUCGAAAAGCAGAGUGCGCUUUUUGCUCUUGCUGUCUCAGAUAUAGUGCUCAUAAACAUGUGGUGUCAUGAUAUCGGACGUGAGCAGGCUGCAAACAAACCUCUUCUGAAAACCGUAUUUCAGGUCAUGCUACGACUAUUUAGUCCACGCAAAACAACUUUGAUGUUCGUUAUACGUGAUAAGACACGGACACCUCUUGAAAAUCUAGAACCUGUCUUAAGGGAAGAUAUCCAGAAGAUAUGGGAUUCUGUUCCCAAACCAGAAGCUCACAAACAGACUCCACUGAGUGAAUUUUUUAAUGUAGAAGUCGUUGCCCUUUCUAGCUUUGAAGAGAAAGAAGAACAGUUUAAGGAGCAGGUGGCUAAUUUAAGGCAGAGAUUUUUUCAUUCUAUUGCACCUAAUGGCUUAGCCGGAGAUAGGCGGGGGGUUGUUCCUGCUUCGGGUUUUUCAUUUAGUGCUCAACAGAUUUGGGAAGUUAUAAAAGAGAACAAAGACCUUGACUUGCCUGCUCACAAGGUGAUGGUGGCCACUGUAAGAUGUGAAGAAAUUGCUAAUGAGAAAUACUCUCUGUUUGUAACAAACCAGGACUGGUGUGAUUUAGAAGAGGCUGUACAAUCUCACAUUGUUCCAGGCUUUGGAAGGAAGCUUAGUUCCAUGAUCGACAGUUGUUUAUCCAGUUACGAUGAAGAGGCUACUUACUUUGAAGAUAGUGUAAGAUCUGCCAAACGGAGGCAGUUGGAAGAGAAGUUGAUUCAACUUGUUCAACCGACCUACCAAUUGAUGCUGGAACACAUACAGUUAGAGACACUUGAUAAAUUUAAAAAGUCACUUCUUGAUGCUUUGAGUGGAGGAUUAGGGUUUGCAAAUGCUGCUCGUGAUUGCACUGGAUCAUUCAUUAGAAUCUUCGAAGAACAAUGCAAAGAUGCCACUAUCAAACAAGCUGAUUGGGACUCAGCUAAAAUCAGGGAUAAAUUUGCACGUGAUAUCGAUUCACAUAUUGCUGAAGUUCGAACUGCUAAGCUAUCUGAACUUAAUGCACUAUAUGAGUCAAAAUUAAAAGAAGCCUUAGAUGGACCUGUAGGAGCCCUACUAGAAGGAGGCGGUGAUGAUACCUGGCCCGCAAUAAGGAAACUUUUUCAUCAUGAGACUAAAACAGCUGUCUCUGAGUUUUCUGUUUCACUUUCUGGUUUUGAAAUGGAUGAAAAAACCAACGAAGAGAUCCUUUUGAAGCUGGAAAAUUAUGCUAGAGGUAUAGUUGAAGGGAAAACAAAAGAAGAAGCCGCAAAAGCCUUGUACCGCAUGAAGGAGAGAUUUACGUCUCUAUUCAACCAUGAUAGUGAUUCGAUGCCACGUAUAUGGACUGGAAAAGAAGAUAUACGAGCAAUUACCAAAACAGCUCGAUCUUCUUCUUUGAAGUUGCUCUCUGUGUUGGCUGCAAUUCGUUUGGACGAAGAUGUUGAUAAGAUUGGCGACACAUUAGUCCUUGCAUUAGUGGAUCACAAGAAAGGUGCUAGUCCAAGUGUCUCCUUACGGGACCCAUUGGCUUCAAGCGCAUGGGAAGAGGUUCCUGCAACAAAGACACUCAUAACUCCUGUUCAGUGUAAAUCAUUAUGGAGCCAGUUUCAAAGGGAGACAGAGUAUACCAUUACUCAAGCCAUUGCUUCACAGGAAGCUAAUAAGCGCAAUAACAAUUGGUUACCCCCUCCAUGGGCUAUAGCAGCCUUGGUGAUCUUGGGAUUCAAUGAAUUUAUGACUCUUUUAAGGAAUCCUUUGUGGUUGCUUGUUAUAUUUGUGGGUUAUUUGCUUUCCAAAGCUUUAUGGGUUCAACUAGACAUAUCUGGUGAAUUUCGCAAUGGCAUGCUUCCAGGAAUUCUGUCUUUAUCCACCAAGUUUCUUCCUACUGUCACAAACCUUCUCAGAAAACUGGCGGAAGAGGGUCAAAAGCCUGUUUCGGCUAAUCCCCAAAAAACCCCCUCAAACCCGGCACAUAUGUUAGGGAGUUAUCAAGGGGUAGAAAUAGAAUCAUCAACUGGCUCAUCUAACGUAACAACGGAAAACGGGCCUGAGUACACUAGCCCUCCCAGGCAUGUCAAAGAACAGUAAUUUUCUGGAGUAAACUCAUAUACAAGGUUCGGUUAUUUUGCAAGCACAAAGAACACAUUAGUUGUCGUAUUUUGGCUGCUAGCUUGCAUCAAGUUUUAAUGGGUGCCCGUUAGUAUUAGGGUCCAUGUAUUAUGGUUUUGAUUUAACUGGUCAUGUCACAAGUUGAGUUUUUUGUUUGUAUAUUGUGGGUAUGGCCGGAAGAGAUGCAUUUAUAAUAUGUUUUUAUUACUCGGUGUUUGUAUUUUAAUAGUACCAAAAAGCGAGUAAUAAGUGAUUAUUGCACUCGUGUUUGUUAUUUGUUUGGUAUGGAGGGUAUAAUCGUCAUUUCACUGUAAACGAAACCAGGAAUUGGUGGUGUUUGUUAAAUUUGCAAUACUUGCCUUUUGAGAGUUAA